CAACCCUGCCAGGCGCUCCAAUCGCGUGUGGAAUUAUCGCUCUACCCAGGCGGUGGUGUAGAUCUCCGCUCCAAUUGGGGCCGUACCAUGGCGGAGAAGACUCAAAAGAGUGUGAAGAUUGCUCCUGGAGCAGUGGUAUGUGUAGAAAGUGAAAUCAGAGGAGAUGUAACUAUCGGACCUCGGACAGUGAUCCACCCUAAAGCACGAAUUAUUGCAGAAGCUGGGCCAAUAGUGAUUGGCGAAGGGAACCUAAUAGAAGAACAGGCCCUUAUCAUAAAUGCUUACCCAGAUAAUAUCACUCCUGACACUGAAGAUCCAGAACCAAAACCUAUGAUCAUUGGCACCAAUAAUGUGUUUGAAGUUGGCUGUUAUUCCCAAGCUAUGAAGAUGGGAGAUAAUAAUGUCAUUGAAUCAAAAGCAUAUGUAGGCAGAAAUGUAAUAUUGACAAGUGGCUGCAUCAUUGGGGCUUGUUGCAACCUAAAUACAUUUGAAGUCAUCCCUGAGAAUACGGUGAUCUAUGGUGCAGACUGCCUUCGUCGGGUGCAGACUGAGCGACCGCAGCCCCAGACACUACAGCUGGAUUUCUUGAUGAAAAUCUUGCCAAAUUACCACCACCUAAAGAAGACUAUGAAAGGAAGCUCAACUCCAGUAAAGAACUAAGAACAGUAUAUGACAUGAAGAUAACAUUUUGUCUUUGACCACUGUCUUUUGAGUGGGCCCACAGUGUUUAUGCACUCUUAACAAUGCACAGAAUAAUACGUGUUCACUGUAUUUUGUAAAAUUGGGUUGAGAGGAAACUAAUGGAGUUUUAUUGUAAUUGUCCUUUGUAAUUUAUAUAAAUGUAUUAUUUUCAUAUAUCCUUGCUUCUUUUCUGAUAAUUUACAGAUUUAGCUUUUCUUUUGUUGUAUAAACUGCUGCCACAAAUUUUAGUUAUGUGAAAGACUACCCAUGAUAAGAAAAGACAUACUUUUAUGUAUUUACAUUCUAGCAUAGACUAAACCGAAUAAAAAGGCUGAUAACAGCGCCUUUAGUGGGCAUAAUCAGGUUUUCUAUUUGAAUUAAUCUUUUCUCUUAAUUUUUAUUGUGUACUAGUUGUAUUAAAGCUAAUGUGUUUACUUUUUCCUCUUGUGGAUUUGUAGCUGUUUAAAAUUUCAGGUGAAAUUUCAGUAGCUAUUGAAUUAAUUUAGACUUCACUUUGUUUUUAAGAAAAAUAAUGUUUUUUUUUUCUUUUUGGUGAAACAAAAGUAAUCAGGGAAAGAUGUCUUCAGUAGAAUACAAAUGAGUGGCAUUCUUGGGUUUCUGAGGACAAUGAAACUAAAAGAAAUUUUGAAAUUUAUACAAAUUUCUGAAAUUGUUAAUAUUUUAGCAUAGUACUAAUCACUCAUCAUUGAGCUUUAUUAUUCUAUUGUCUGUAGUGAGCAAGAUGUUGAGAAUUUUAUAAUUCCAAAUUUUUAAAGUAAUUCAAGUAUACAUUUACUGGAACAUACUUCUCAACUUUUGAAUUAGUAGAUAUUGACUAAUACUAAGAUACUAAAAUACUAAGAUAUUUUCUCAAAAUUUAAUUUUUAUUUAUUUAUUUUAGAGACAAGGAUCUCACUCUGUUACCUAGGCUGGAGUGCAGUGGCACAGUCUUUGCUCGCAUGGAUCACUUGACCUCCUCAAGCUGAAGUGAUCCUCCUGCCUCAGCCUCUUGAGUAGUUGGGACUGCAGGCAUAAGCCACCAUACCUGGCUUUUUUAUGUUUUUUAACUUUUUGUGGAGACAGGAUCUUGCUGUGUUGCCAAGGCUGGUCUCAAACUCCUGACUCAAAAUUUAAUUUUUAAUUGUGAAUAGAGAAAAAUAUAUUUUUGAAUUUCUGAAACUGACAAUGCAAAUUAGCCCAAUUGUUCAAAAUUGGAAUGAUUUUGGUAAGAAUACUCAUGACUAAACUUGGAAAACUAUACUGUACUGGAUGGAACAUUGAGCUUUUGAAAAGGAGAACAUAAAUGCCCUAUUUCUGUUAACUGCUAUUUAUUCAUUUUUCAACCCCCUGGUGAUCAGUUCAGAAUGUUGUUGAUCUUGGAAAUUUUCUAGAUAAAAGAAAUCAGAAAUUACAA